AUGGGGAAGAAGGGGAAGCGCGAGAAGAAGGGCAAGGGGGCYGAGAAGACGGCGGCGAAGAUGGAGAGGAAGGUGUCCCGCAGGGCCAGGAAGGAGGAGGAGGAUCUUGAAGCCCUCAUAGCUGAAUUCCAGAGUUUAGAUGCUAAGAAGACCCAAGUAAUUGAGACAUCCUGCCCACCUCCGUCACCCAGGCUGAAUGGCUCCUUGUCCGCUCAUCCCGAGAAGGAUGAGUUGAUCCUUUUUGGAGGUGAAUAUUUCAAUGGCCAAAAAACCUACCUGUAUAAUGAACUGUAUGUCUACAACAUCCGGAAGAACAGCUGGACUAAAGUAGAGGUCCCCAACCCACCUCCGAGGCGAUGUGCUCACCAGGCAGCAGUGGUGCCCACAGGCGGYGGGCAGCUGUGGGUGUUUGGUGGCGAGUUUGCAUCUCCCAACGGGGAGCAGUUUUACCACUACAAGGAUCUCUGGGUCCUGCAUUUGGCUACCAAGACCUGGGAGCAGAUCAAGGCAUCAGGAGGACCCUCUGGAAGAAGUGGGCAUCGAAUGGUUGCUUGCAAAAGACAGCUCAUUGUCUUUGGAGGUUUCCAUGAGAGCGCAAGAGAUUACAUCUAUUACAACGAUGCGUACGCCUUCAACCUGGAUUCCUUCACGUGGAGCAAGCUGGCUCCUUCUGGGAUUGGGCCUGCUCCAAGAUCUGGAUGUCAAAUGGCUACCACYCCUGAGGGCGGCAUAAUCAUCUAUGGGGGUUACUCCAAACAGAGAAUUAAGAAAGAUGUUGACAAGGGCACGCUGCACACGGACAUGUUCCUGCUGAAGAGUGAAAGCUCAGGCAAGGAGGAAGCAGACAAGUGGACUUGGAGUCGGCUCAACCCCUCCGGAGUGAAACCUACUGCCAGGUCCGGCUUCUCUGUGGCCAUCGGCCCCAAUAACCGCUCCCUUCUGUUUGGAGGUGUGCACGACGAGGAGGAGGAAGAGAGCAUCGAAGGGGACUUCUUCAAUGAUAUUUAUUUCUACGAUAUGGGGAAAAAACGCUGGUUUCCUGGACAGCUUAAGGGACCAAAGUCRGAGAAGAAGAAACGAAGACGUGGCAGACAAGCUGAGGCAGAGGGGGCCAAAGAAGAGAUGGAGAAGCAGCCUCCACAGGGCCCAGUGGAGAUGGUCAAAGAGGUGGUGGCAGAAGACGGGACUGUCAUGACAAUCAAGCAGAUGAUAUCUGGGCCUGCAGAAGAGAGAGUGAGGUCUGAAUCAGAGGAAGAGGAGGAGGAGGAAGAUGGGGCCUUAGGCCCACAAGUGGAACCGUGCCCACGUUCAAAUGCCAUGCUGGCCGUGAAGCAUGGAGUCCUCUAUGUGUAUGGGGGAAUGUUUGAGGUGGGCGAUCGCCAGUUCACCCUCAGCGACCUCUACAGCCUUGACCUGCACAAAAUGGARGAAUGGAAAGUUCUAGUGGAGAUGGAUCCAAAAGCCCAAGAAUGGCUGGAGGAGUCAGAAUCAGAUGAAGAGGAUGAUAUGGAAGGUGCAGAGGGAGGGGAAGAGGAUGAGGAGAGCUCUGAAGAGGAGAGUGAAGAUGAGGAAGGAGAAGAGCAGCACCCAUCUGUUCAGCCUGGUGAGAAACAAGCGGACUAUCUGUCCCGGACGGAGCAGUAUUGGAUUAAACUAGCCCACAGCAACAUGGGCCCAGAUGCCAAGGAGAAGAAGGUGCAGAAAGUUGCCCAUGCCAUGGCAAAGWCAUUCUAUGAAGAUUCAGUAUAGAUGUUGAGCAUCUUCUGUGUGAACAUCCGUGUGGGAGCUCUGUUUAGUCCCACUGACCCAAGCGGCUCAACCCCGUGUGCUGGGCAGUUGGUGCCACCAGCAGGUUCCAGUUUUUGGGAACUCCGGCUCUUGCCUGCUCCAUCUGAGUGCCUCGGGCUGACCACUGUCAAUGUGCCUACUUGGUUAAUGCUCUGAAUAUGCUGUUAAUCCCCUACAGGUGGUGGGAAGUCUAGGAGAACAUGAUAGCAGCCCAAGCACUUGUUCUUCA